CGCUUAAUGGGCGGAGUGUCGGUGUGUUCGUUCAGUGUCGGGUUGUUGAGGAGCUCCGCCGAUCUCGCGACGUACUCACCGAGUGGAAAAUGUGAAACGGAAGAUUCGGGCUUGCGUGUAACGACAGAAAGCCGCCGCAAGGAUGUUCGUGCGUGAAUGAAAGAUGAUAUUUAAGAGGAAGCGCUGAAGGGUGUCUCAUCAGCCUGUUGACGCAGCUUUAUGACCUCAGAGGCAUGGAGAGCUUUGAGCGAGAUCUCACAGUGUAGGGCACCAUCAGCAUUCCUUACCAGGUCUGUGUUCAUUCACCCUCUGGUGUCCUGGAGGUGGGAGGAGCUGUCAUCCAAUCGCAUCAAGAUGAUAGACAGACAUAUGUGGAGACACUCUCACAUGAUUUGAACAUGACCGGGAACAUCUGAACCCCCUGUUGACCUGCCGACACAGAACAUGGCCCAGACCAGCCUACUGCAGGGUAAACGCUUUUACUGCAGAGAGUGGGUCUUUCAUAAGAUUCAGCACUGCCUCCAAGAGAAAACCAACAACCUCGCCAGUCCAGGAACAGCAGAAUCACCCAAUGCCAUCAGCGGGCCGCCAUCUGGAGUGGGGAAGGGCGGGUCAUGGGGGGUUCUGCUGGUGGGCGGGCCUGGCAGUGGAAAGACUGCUAUAUGCACAGAGUUGCUUUGGCCCACUUCUGUUCCCGGUGUCCACCGUGGGCUGCACCAGCAGUGUUUGGGGUUUCACUUCUGUAGGGCAGAGGACUCUGACACGCUGUGCGUGAGCGGGUUUGUCCGUGGGCUGGUGUCUCAGAUAUGCCGGUCUGAACUCGUCCCGGAAUACAAAGAGAAGGUGAGAGAUCCGACGGUUCAGAGCGCUCUUCAGCCCGGUGAAUGUGAGAGGAACCCAGCGGAGAGUUUCAAAAGGUGUGUGUUAUUGCCGUUGUUGAGCUGUAAGGCUCCUCCUCAGGCUCUGUUUGUGUUGGUGGACUCAGUGGACGAGGACUCUUCUUUAGGGGACAGAGAUCAGAGGUCAGGAAACAUCGCUGAGCUGCUAGCUGCCCAUCACGAGCUCUUCCCACCCUGGCUUCUGCUCAUCUGUUCUGCCCGCAGACAAAACAAACACAUCACCAAACUCUUCACAGGAUUUCGAAAGAUCAGCCUAGACGACCUGAGGAAGGCCUACAUCGUUAAAGAUGUGCAACAGUACAUUUUACAUCGGCUGGACCAGGAGGAGGCACUGCGGCAACACCUCACCAAGGAGACAGCGGAGAUGCUGAAUCAACUUCACAUUAAAAGCAGCGGCUGCUUUCUGUAUCUUGAGUGCGUUCUCGAUGGAGUGGUUGAAAACUUUAUCAUGCUUCGGGAAAUUCGAGACAUACCUGGGACACUGAAUGGACUCUACCUUUGGCUCUGCCAGAGACUGUUUGUCAGAAAGCAGUUUGCCAAAGUCCAGCCCAUCCUAAAUGUAAUUCUAUCUGCUUGCAGGCCGCUGACGGUCAGAGAGCUCUAUCAUGCCGUCUGGACUAAAAACAUGACUCUGACAAUGGAAGAUUUUCAGAAAAAGAUGGACAUUCUCUCCAAGCUGCUUAUUGAUGGUCUGGGGAACACUAAGAUGUUGUUUCACUACAGUUUUGCUGAAUGGCUGCUGGAUGUUAAACACUGCACACAAAAAUAUCUUUGCAAUGCAGCCGAAGGACAUCGGAUGAUGGCCAUGAGUUACACGUGCAAAGCGAAGCAGCUUAAACCAUUAGAGGUGCAGGAGUUUGCCUACCACCUGAUCAACUCUAACCUGCAGAUUGAGCCCUUUAAUCUUGCCCUGUGGAUGGUGUGGAAUGGCACACCUGCUAAAGACUCCCUGUCCACCUCCAUACCAAAGGAACAGGAAGUUCUCCAGCUACUUGUUAAAGCUGGUGCCCAUGUCAGCAAUGAAGACGAUCAGUCUUCAUGCAUUGUGCAACAGGCCCUGGAACGUGAGGACUCUAUUCGGACUCUGUUAGAUAACGGGGCUUCUGUUAAUCAGGCUGACUCCAGUGGGAGAACUCUAUUAGCCAAUGCUGCAUACAGUGGAAAUCUGGACGUUGUAAACCUUCUCAUCUCCAGAAAAGCCAACAUGGAGUUGGUUGACAGCCACGGACAAACGGCACUUACCCUAGCAGCUAGACAGGGUCACACCAAGGUGGUCAACUGUCUCAUUGGGUGCGAUGCUAAUAUCAACCACACAGACCACGACGGCUGGACCGCCCUUAGGUCGGCAGCCUGGGGAGGUCACUCGGAAGUAGUGUCUGCCCUACUGUACGCAGGCGCAAAGGUGGACUGCGCAGACGCAGACAGUAGGACUGCCCUGAGAGCUGCCGCUUGGGGAGGUCAUGAAGAUAUUGUCCUUAAUCUUCUUCAGCAUGGAGCUGAAGUCAAUAAGGCAGAUAAUGAAGGACGAACUGCAUUAAUUGCUGCUGCCUACAUGGGCCACAGAGAAAUUGUGGAGCAUCUGUUAGAUCACGGGGCCGAGGUGAAUCACGAGGAUGUCGAUGGCAGAACGGCGCUCUCCGUAGCUGCUCUCUGCGUGCCAGCCAGCAAGGGCCAUGCUGCAGUCGUAAGCCUACUAAUCGACCGUGGAGCGGAGGUGGACCAUUGUGACAAAGAUUGCAUGACCCCCCUUCUGGUAGCUGCCUAUGAAGGUCAUGUGGAUGUGGUAGAUCUGCUUUUAGAAGGAGGAGCUGAUGUCGAUCACACUGAUAAUAACGGGAGAACGCCUCUGCUCGCUGCAGCCUCCAUGGGACAUGCCUGUGUUGUUAAUACCCUGCUUUUCUGGGGUGCAGCUGUGGACAGUAUCGACAGUGAAGGCAGAACCGUGCUGAGCAUUGCAUCUGCACAGGGGAAUGUGGAGGUGGUCAGAACUUUGCUGGACAGAGGACUGGAUGAAAACCACCGUGAUGAUGCAGGCUGGACGCCAUUGCACAUGGCAUCUUUUGAGGGGCACAGACAAGUAUGUGAUGCACUCAUUGAACAGGGUGCCCGCUGCUCAGAAGUUGACAACGAUGGACGUAUCCCUUUGGUUCUGGCUGCACAGGAGGGCCAUUACGACUGUGUGUACAUCUUGAUGGAGAACAAGUCGUGUACGGACCAGAGAGGGUACGAUGGGAGAAAUGCUCUUAGAGUUGCAGCACUGGAGGGGCACAGAGAUAUUGUGGAGUUGUUGCUAAGUCAAGGGGCAGAUAUCGACUACAAGGACGCAGAUGGUCGCCCCACGCUUUACAUCCUGGCGCUUGAAAAUCAGCUGGGCAUGGCAGAGUACUUCCUUGAAAAUGGAGCCAAUGUAGAGGCCAGUGACACAGAAGGAAGAACAGCACUGCAUGUGUCAUGUUGGCAGGGUCACGUAGAGAUGGUCAGGUUGCUUAUUAACUACCAUGCGGACAUAAACUCAUGUGAUAAUGAGAAGCGAUCUGCUCUCCAGUCGGCGGCCUGGCAGGGUAACGUUAAAGUUGUUCAAAUUUUGAUUGACAAUGGCACUGUUGUAGACCACACGUGCAACCAGGGGGCUACCGCUCUCGGCAUUGCUGCCCAGGAGGGACACAUCGAUGUGGUUCAGAUACUUCUUGAGCACGGUGCAGAUCCUAAUCACGCUGAUCAAUUUGGCCGAACUGCCAUGAGAGUUGCAUCCAAAGGUGGUCACUCAUCCAUUAUUAAACUCUUGGAGAAAUACGGUGCCACAAGUCUUAAUGGCUGCAACCCAUCUCCCAUACACACAAUGGAGCAACAAACACCAAUGUCAGUUAAUACUAAAGUUCAAUCUCUCACUAUAAAGUCCAGCAGCUCUGGAAGCACAGGAGCUGGAGAUGUUCAUCCUACAGGCCGUGGACAAUCCAACGGACCCAUUCAUGCUUUCAGCUCACCGUCAGAGUCACCGGACUCAACAGUGGACAGACAAAAGUCCUCUCUCUCCAACAACUCGCUCAAAAGUUCCAAAAACUCUUCACUGAGGACCACUUCAUCCACUGCAACAGCCCAGACUGUUCCCAUUGACAGCGUUCAUGCUCUUUCCUUCGUUGAGCAGAUUCAACAGCAUUCGCUGCCUCGCAGCCGCAGUCGGCAAUCCAUUGUUUCUCCUUCCUCCACCACCAGGUCCGUCAGCACUCAGCCUGGUUCACCUACCAGUGAGUUUGACUGGAGCCAGGUGAAGCCAGGUCUUAAGUCCACUAAAGUGUCUAAAAAUGGCAACAACUGCUCAAACAAAGGAAUGUCUAAUGAGAAGAAAAAGUCCAAGAGCAGCUCUCAUCCACAGGGUCAGGUACUGGAGUACGAGUUGACUCAGUUUGAUAAAAGGCUUGUGUCCGGCAUUGCAGUGAAGGAUCCUCAGUGUAAGAUUUUGGUAGGCAAAUCCAGUGGCCUAGAUUGUGGCCAAUCACAGGAGCAGUUUUACAUUCAGCCACAGAGUUGUGCUGAGAAGAAGAGGAAUGGGAUUAUGACCAAUCCCAAUUACCACCUGCAGGGAAACCAGGUAUUUUUUGGGAGGGUUUCAGUACCCAGAACUGUUCCCGGCAGGGGACACCAGGACCUUUUAGACAAUUACCCAGUAGGGGAGACUGAAAUAACCUUGAAACAAGCCCUACAGCUGCAGAUUGAAGGAUCAGACCCUGGGAUGAACUGCAAAAAAGAGACACCAUUAUAACUGAUGUUCAGAAAGAGACUGUGCCAAAGCAAAUGCUUUCAUCUGCAAAAGAACUUAAACUUCACUGUGGAACAUCUCAAGAAGAAAGGAACGUGAGAGAACCAAAGGGGGGAAAUGUUGCCCAAGGGUGAUGAAAAUUUAUACUUGUGCCUGUCGAUGCUCCAGCCUUCUUGUGGUGACCAUGAUGCACACAGACGCUUUUAAUUUAAUGCAUUAAUAUUUAAUUGGCAGUGGAUGCACUUUCUUACUUUUUAUAUUUUCUUCUUUUUUUGAAAGAUUUUAAAAUGUAUUUCUUUUUGCCUAUUGAUGCUUUGUUUGUUUGAAAGUCAUGUGCAUUUUUGUUGUUUUGUCCUGGCCUGUAGACAUGCAAACUGACAGCAAUGUGCCACUGGAGUACGUUGUUUCCUCUGAUAAACAUUUUAAACUUUCUGUCAUAUUUAUGUAAAUCUCAUGGUAUAUAUAUGCACACAAACACAUGCAUAUGUAUGGUUGUUCAAGUCAUGAGUAUAAAGACAAUAUGUGACCCUGGACUACAAAACCAGUCAUAAGUCGCACGGGUAUAUUUGUAGCAUUAGCCAACAAUACAUUGUGUGGGUGAAAAUUAUAUGCCAAAAAUCAUACGUAUAUUAAGUCGAAAUUUUGUAAAUUUCCUACCAAUAAAUAUAUAUUAAAAAAAAUUAUUUAUCAUUUGUGUUGCGAAGGACUUUAUUUGGAAAACUUUAAUGACGAUUUUCUUAAUAUUUAGAUUUUUUACACCCUCAAAUUUCAGAUGUUCAAAUAGUUGUGUAUCAGCCAAAUAUUGUCCUAUGCUAAUUGACACUUAUGAUUGGUUUUGUGGACCAUGGUCACAUCUUAUUAAAGGUGUCCCCGUUUGACUUGAAUGACCCUCAGGAAUAUACGAAGAGUUCACAUGCAAAAACCGCUAAACGCCAUUGACGUUAAAAACAAGAUAAUGGUAUUAACCAAAUGCUCUCUGCAUAUUAUACAUGCAGCAAAUACUUCAACUUUAAAUUAACUUAAUCUCGGCCUCAGGUUUGUUGGAAUCCAUUAAGAGUAAUAAAAAAUGCUAAUUUACAAAAACACGUUAGAUGCACUUGGAGGGUUUUGCAUCUGAGCUCUUCGUAUAUUUUUUAUAUAUUUGGACCAUUAAGAUGUUUUGCAUUGAGACGUUUUCAAUUUUAACAAAUCCUGAUAACACACAAAAAUACCAUUAUCGCUACUGUAAUGUCUGGAUACUUUUGUUGUUUGUAUUUGUUUUUUAUAAUGAUGAUUCUGAUUACAUUCAUAUUAUUGCCACUGUUCUUAUUUGAAAAAAAUACUGUAAUACAUUUUUCAUUGAAAUGCACAAGGCGGUACAGCAAAUAUUGGCUAUGAAAAUGUCACAAUUCAAACAAUCUUGAUGGAUCUAGGCUUACAUGUCUUCAUGCAAGAUACACACAUAUAAGGUUUUGUUUACUUACACAUUUACUUUGGGGAAAAGUAUUGCGUGUGCCGUAUGCUAAAAUCAUGGUGCUAUGUUUCGUGUCGCCUAUGCAUUGUAUCAUUUGUAACUCUGUAUUGUGUUUGUUGAAUUAUCGAUGUCCUUACUAAGAAGAUACUCUGCCUUUACUUCAUUAUUUAGUCCCUGUGGGACCCGUUUUGUUUUUUCUUUUUACAUAUUUAAACGGUGUAUGAUUAAGUUUGGUGCUAAAUGCAAAGUUCUCAGUGACAGAAGGAAAUGCACCGGUCCACAGUAGUUGUUUUCACGAUGAGAAAGUGGCGGACAUCGUCAGGGAUUUUUAAGGUCAGCAAAAGUUCAUCAAUGCUUUUUACUCAUGCCAAGCAGCGAACCGCAGUAAAAUUUGAGUUACAGGACGCAGUUUGAAAUGUAUACUCCUCAAGCCAAAGUUAAAACAGUGAGAACACACAGAAAAGCCCACCAUCUACUGAAGCUGGAUCUGAUGUCCCCGAGCCAUAGAUCUGACUGGGGGAAGGUCAGUCGGGUGGAUUUCAGACAUCUGUGUGCUCGGACCAGCGAGGCCACAUUCUGUGUUGUCUUUCAGAAAGGCACUUUAGAAAGCCCGAGACGUCUCUGCAAGGACAGACAGACAAAGACUUAAAAUAUGAAGAUGAACCCUGGACAGUAUUCAGUAAUCUCAAGCCAUUUGUUUGACUGCCUUUAUUUCUUUUGUCUUCAGCUGUUUUUGUCUGAGCCUGGAGUUGAUUUAAAAAAUGGUCACGAAUACCUGACCAAACUUUUGCAUUUCGAAAUGGAAUUUCCUGUAUUAUAUUGAGCUCGAUUUUCUGACAUAUUAAAGUGCUUAAUAAAGCUAUCUGCUUUUCUGCCAAAGCA